AUGUUUCUACGGCCAAGAACGCUGCGCGUAUUGCGCAGCGUGUCGCAACAACAUGUGAGAGCUUUUGGGUUCUCCAGUUCUUCCGGAAACUCGCCAAUGUCACCAAGGGGUAACAUUCCCAUGCCCUACAUCGAGGAGUCGUCCGAACGCAUCGUCGUCCUGAAUGGUGAAGUUAACGACUACAUGUCCGCUUCGAUCGUGUCACAGCUGCUUUGGCUCGAGUCCGAUACCCCCGAUAAGCCGAUCACGAUGUACAUCAACUCUCCUGGUGGUUCCGUCACCUCAGGAAUGGCGAUCUACGAUACCAUGACAUACAUCAAGUCACCAGUGUCAACAGUGUGUGUUGGCGGUGCUGCGUCGAUGGCCGCCAUCCUCCUCGCCGGAGGUGAAGCAGGCAAGCGAUUCUCUCUUCCUCACAGCUCGAUCAUGAUCCAUCAACCGCUCGGUGGCACUCGAGGCCAAGCAUCUGAUAUCAUGAUUUACGCAAAUCAGAUCCAAAAGACACGGGAGCAGUCAAAUAGAAUCAUGCAGUAUCAUCUCAACAAGGCUAAAGGUCAUGAAAAGUACUCUCUUGAGGAGAUUAAUGAUCUGAUGGAACGGGAUAAAUAUCUGUCGCCGGAAGAGGCUUUGGAGCUUGGAGUCAUCGAUGAGAUUUUGACGAAGAGGCCUGAGUCGGAGCAAGAAAAGAAGGAGAAAGAAGAGAAGCAGGGAGGGGCUGAUACACCCCAGACGAGUUGA